UUAAUCGAUCUUGUCUUCUCCCCACGCGUGCGCGUCCGUGGGUUCUUCUUGGUUACGCCCGUGAAGACCGUGAGGGCCAUGCCAGAGAGGGCUCCACGGGCUCCUGCUCCCGCCCCCGCCCCCGCCCCCGCCGCCACCAUGCAAGACUACUCCAUCUACGAUCUCGCCGCCGCCAUGACAGCCGCUAGCAAGGAGACGGCCGCGGACGGGUACUUGGCGCGGGAGGCCAAGAAGGAGGUGAGGGAGAUCGAGUUCUUCCCGAUCAGCGCCGCCAGCCACGCCGCCGAGUCCGAGUUUGCGACGGCGAUGCGCUGGACAACGCCAUUCCCCUCCGUCACGCCCAGCGUCGGGGGCUACGCCGCGCCCCUGGACCUGUCGCUCAGACUGUAGGGUUUCGGUCUCUGCUGGUAGAUCGACGAACCAGCUUCUUGGGGUUUUUUGGUUGCUUAGUUCUUGGGGUUCGUUAUUUUCGUUGCUAA